AUGGAGGGCUGUGAUUAUUGGGAAGCAAUUGAACAGGAUUAUGAAGUUGCUUUACUUCCUAAUAAUCCAACAAUGAACCACAUUAAGACUUACAAGGAUAGGAGGGAAUUUCAGAGGAUGCAAAUGAAGAAUUUUGAAUCCAUUAAAGAGUACUCAGACAAGUUGAUUGAGAUUUCCAAUAAGAAAUCAAGUGGUGAUAUUGUGAUUCUAUCUCUCUAUGUAGAUGACUUGCUAGUGAUAGGAAGUGAUGGUGCUCAAAUAGAGGUGUUCAAACAAGAAAUGAUGAAAGUAUUUGAGAUGACUGGUUUAGAUAUGAUGCAUUACUUCCUGGGUAUGGAGAUUAAAAAAAGACAAAAUGAAGUGUUUCUUUGUCAGAUAAAAUACAUGAGAGAAGUAUUGAAAAGGUUCAAUAUGGAGGAGUGUAUGAGUGUAAACACUCCAAUGAUUCAGAAGGAGAAGUUACAGAAAAAUAAUAGAGAGAAACCUACAAAUGAGAAUGUGUACAGAAGUCUAGUUAGAUGUCUCAUGUAUCUCACAUCCACUAUAUCUGACAUCAUGUACAUUGUAAAUGUCUUAUUUAGAUUUCUUCACUGUCCAAGUAAGAAUCACAUGAUUGCUACAAAAAGGGUUCUAAGAUAUUUGAAAGGAACAUUGUCUUUUGGGAUCAAAUUUAGCAAAGUUUAUAGUUUUGAGUUGCAAGGUCACUUAAAUAGUGAUUGGGCUAGGACAUUCGAUGCAAGAACACCUCUAGGUAUUGUUUCAUUUUUUGCUGUGGGUGUUUCUCAUGGUGUUCAAGAAAACAAGAUAUAG